GGAUUCGAAUAGGGAGGGGAAAGGAAGCGGGGGUGCAACCCAAUCUGGCCACCUCCCCGUGUAUAAAACUCCAACUCGACCAUCAUUCUUUCUCUUUCUGUUACCUGGUUAAGGGCAACAGCAGUGGUAGUAGCAGUGUGAUUUCGUAGUGACACCGAAACUUAAGUAAGCGACCAUGGGAAAGGAAAAGAUCCACAUCAACAUCGUGGUCAUUGGCCACGUCGACUCCGGGAAGUCCACCACCACCGGCCAUCUGAUCUACAAAUGCGGAGGCAUUGACAAGAGAACCAUUGAGAAGUUCGAGAAGGAGGCUGCUGAGAUGGGUAAGGGCUCUUUCAAGUAUGCCUGGGUGCUGGACAAGCUGAAGGCUGAGCGUGAGCGUGGCAUCACGAUUGACAUUUCCCUGUGGAAGUUCGAGACCGGCAGGUACUACGUCACCAUCAUUGAUGCCCCUGGGCACAGAGACUUCAUCAAGAACAUGAUCACCGGUACAUCUCAGGCUGAUUGUGCUGUGCUGGUCGUUGCUGGUGGUGUUGGUGAGUUUGAGGCCGGUAUCUCAAAGAAUGGGCAGACUCGUGAGCACGCUCUCCUUGCUUUCACUCUGGGAGUGAAGCAGCUCAUCGUUGGCGUCAACAAGAUGGACUCCACAGAGCCCCCUUACAGCCAGAAGCGUUUUGAGGAGAUCCAGAAGGAGGUCAGCACCUACAUCAAGAAGAUCGGCUAUAACCCUGCCACCGUCGCCUUUGUGCCCAUCUCUGGAUGGCAUGGGGACAACAUGCUGGAAGCCAGCGCCAACAUGGGCUGGUUCAAGGGAUGGAAGGUCGAGCGUAAGGAUGGUAACGCCAAUGGUGUGACUCUGCUGGAGGCCCUGGACAGCAUCCUGCCCCCAUCCCGCCCCACAGACAAGCCCCUUCGUCUGCCCCUCCAGGAUGUUUACAAAAUCGGUGGUAUUGGAACUGUACCUGUGGGCCGUGUGGAGACAGGCACCCUGAAGGCCGGUAUGAUCGUCACCUUCGCCCCCGCUAACGUCACCACUGAAGUCAAGUCUGUGGAGAUGCACCACGAGACCCUGGAAUCGGCUAUGCCCGGUGACAACGUCGGAUUCAACGUCAAGAACGUGUCCGUCAAGGAUAUCCGUCGUGGCAACGUAGCUGGAGACAGCAAGAAUGACCCUCCAAUGGAGGCUGGCACUUUCACUGCUCAAGUAAUCAUCCUGAACCACCCUGGCCAGAUCUCCCAGGGCUAUGCCCCUGUGCUGGAUUGCCAUACUGCUCACAUCGCCUGCAAGUUCAGUGAGCUCAAGGAGAAGAUUGACCGUCGGUCCGGCAAGAAGCUUGAAGAUGCCCCCAAGUUCCUGAAGUCUGGAGAUGCUGCUAUCGUUGACAUGAUCCCCGGCAAGCCCAUGUGUGUGGAGAGUUUCCAGGAAUACCCCCCUCUUGGUCGUUUUGCUGUGCGUGACAUGAGACAGACAGUCGCUGUCGGUGUCAUCAAGGCUGUUGACAAGAAGGCCGCCUCAAGCGGCAAGGUCACAAAGUCUGCCGUUAAGGCCGGUAAAAAGUGAAUUCCCCUCCCACAGGACGUCCCUCAGGUAGCGGUGUCUGCUGCCCAACAUCCUGCGGCGUCUCAAAACCUAAGCUCUAUACUUAAGGACUGGUUAAUGCUGAUUAAAACUCAUCGUAAAAGUUUCCGCAGGAAAGGAACCCAACGUGGAGACACUUGUGGAUUCGUCAUUACAGGCGGUGCCUCUUUCAGUUAAAUUGUGUAUAUGGUUGAACGGAACCUGUUUUGAUUCUACUAUUAAAUUGGAAGUAAACUGCUGAUAACUAAUAAAGGUCUUUAAAUGUCUUGACCAAAAA